AUGUCCAAUGUCGAUUUACCUAGCGAUGGCCUGAUAGGCGUCGAUUAUGAUUCCAGAGGGUAUUUACACCAAACAUGGCCUGUGGCGGUCGACCAAGCGCCCCCACGGUCAGAAGAAGGCCAUGGUCUCUCGCCCUUACAAACCAGCGGUCACCCCCUGGAACAGUCGGUGACCCAAGAUCCCAAUCUCAUGGUCGACUGGCACUUUCAACCAAUUCAACACGCCCCUCACCACCACCUUCCUUAUUCAUCCGAUGACCCGUCGCCGCAAUUUACCACCAGUUAUGGCAUGCCCAUGCAAUCCUCCCCCGUGGAUUUGAUGGCCGGACAGGGCCAUAUGGGGGCUGGUUUGCUCGAUGGUCACUAUCUACCAAUGUCCGCCCCGGUGGAUAUGGUACCCUUCACCUAUCAGGACUUCCAGGCGGACUUGAUGACCUUCCCCGGCGGGAUGCCCCCGAACGGGCUGUCGGAUGUUUAUCACGCCCCGCACCCCGUGCUUGAAAGCAGCUCGCCCACCGAUACAUAUUUGGAGGUCCGCUCCCUGUCCAGCAGUGACAACGGCUGGAGUACGAUCGAUCACCGUCGCUCCCUCGAUUUUGGCUACCCAGAACAAGGCGUCUUUGUCAACCCCACCCAGACAUUACACGACCGGAGUCUCUCAGAGUCAUCAUAUUCAACAUCAUACGGCAGCUUCGUGGACAUCACAAAUCCGAUCGGCUCUCCCGGCUCUGAGAACAAUAUGGACUUGCCGUGCUACACCCAUGCCCAUGGUCACGGACACAGCCACAGCCAUAGUCACAGCCAUAGCCACAGCGGCCAUAGUAGUCACAGUCACAGUCACUCGCACAGCAGCUCAAUUGGCAUGCCUGCUACCUCCCCGACGAGCAGCUCCGUUGUUCGUCGUGGACAAUCUGCGGGAUCUCGCUCCCCGUCCGCGGUGAGCCCCACCGGCAUGGUGCGGCCCAUUCCGGUCCCGAUCAAGAAAUCCACAUCGCCAGCCCGCUCGGCGGGAUCUCAAUCAUCUGCCUCGCCCCCAAGCAGGAAACCUUCCCGCAAGAGCCCCAUUGCCGCCAAGACCGCCGAGACCAAGGUUCGCAAGCAGUCCCAGACCGGCAAGCCCGAGACCGAGAAGCGAGUUGGCAAGAGAAAGGGUCCUCUCAAGCCCGAUCAGCGAAAGCAAGCCAGCGAGAUUCGCAAGCUCCGUGCUUGUUUGCGUUGCAAGUUCCUCAAGAAGACCUGCGAUAAGGGCGAGCCGUGUGCGGGUUGCCAGCCGUCCCACGCACGGUUAUGGCAGGUCCCAUGUACUCGUAUUGACAUCAAGGAGAUUGGUUAUUUCAUGAAGGACUGGAAGGCGGACUACGAACGUCAUAUCUCGAUGGGUUUCUCGGUCGGAAACAUCAAGGGAUUCUCGGACCAAGAACGCACCCUGUUCAUCACCCACGGCUAUGGUCAAAUCCUUCCCAUCAACGCACGCGAAGUCUACGUCCGUGACGAGCAAUGUUUCACCGUUGACUGGAUCGAGUCCAUGCAGCGCGAUCCCACGCAAUACGAAGUCGAAACUGCCAAGCUCUCCGCUGGUAUGGAGGGUAUUUCGCAUGCCAUGCUGUCGGACUACCUCGACCGCCACAUCGACGGCAAUGGUACAUUCGAGAAGUUCGUUGACGACUACUUUGAAGGCACACCCUUCUUGACCCAGAUGUUGAAGACCGCCUUCCGUUUCUACUUCCGGACCAAGCUACCCGUCAUCCGCAAAGCUCUCAAGUUGAUUGUCGCUUACAACCUGACUCUGCACGUUACUAUGGUGGAAGGAAUUGGCGAGGAAGAAGGCUUCCUCGGCAAGAUCGAAGACCUAGGCUCCAAGUUUUCCGGCAAGACCAUGGCCCCGGUUAUGAUCAACUUCCAGAUCAAGUGCGCGAUGGCCAGCAUGUGGCGCGAGCUCCAAAAGGAUGUUCUUGAAGAGCUCUCCGCCCUCUACUCCAGUGUCUACAGCGGCGACAAGCUCAAGAACUGGCCUACCAUCUUCAUCCUCGCCUCCAUUCUGCUGGCUGUUUGGGAAGAAAUGCAAUUCGACAGCCAUUACCGUACCCCCGAUGCGGCAGCCGUCGACAAAUUCUGCACGGAUAUGGAGACCACCCCCGUGGGUGUCAUCGUCGGCCUCUUCCAGGCUAUCUCCCAGAAGCUUCCUCCCUUCACGGAAUGGGACUCCCAGAAGCACCAUCAGCUCCUGUACUCCAAUCCGGAUGUAUGCAACACAAUGACCGAAGUGCGUCAGCACGUCGAGCAACAUGAAAGCUAUCUGCGCAGUCGCACCGGGCAAAAAUUCGACCGCGGUGACUUCGACUGCCUCUCUAACAAAUUUGUGUCGCGACUUGUCAUUCGCGCCAACUAG